GGAAAAAAUAAAAGAAACCGGUGAGAGAAAAAAACAGAGGCACGCGCCUGUUCUGUUUUCUUCAUCAUCUGCUUCUUCUUGUCUCUCUUCCCCCAGUUCUGUGGCGGAAUCUACAAUCCUUCAGCGCAUGAUAACAUGGAGCCACCAGGAAGGUGAAAGAUCUCAGGAAAUCAAAAAAGUGACCGUACCGUUCUUGGUGGGUCUUAUCUUCUCUUUCCAGCUCCACCAGCUGCUCUGUCACAGAACCAACCAGAGCACAGAGCAGGGGAGAGCAAGCAAACACAGCGGUUUCAAGAUUGAAGAACCAGAGUGAGGAACAGAGCAAUGGGGAUAGUGUACGAGGACGCGGUGGUGAUUAGCAAUCCCAACAGGGAAGGCGAUUACUCCACCGUGAUCACUGUGAACUGCCCCGACAAGACCGGGCUGGGCUGCGACUUGUGCCGGACUAUACUGCUCUUCGGGCUGAGCAUUUGCAGAGGAGGAAUUCCAGAAGGAGCAGUGUCGGUACUGAAGUUGCUUGUUUCCUAUUCGUGUCCUAUAGACGGGAAGUGGUGCUACAUAGUGUUUUGGGUGAUUGGGAGGCCGAAGGCGAGGUGGGAUUUGCUGAAGAAGAGGCUGCUGGAUGUCUGUCCUUCCUACCUCUCAACCUCGGAUAUUCAAUACUACCGCCCUGAGAACAAGCAGCCUUUGCGGCACAACUUAUUUCUUUUGAAGUUCUGGUGCUCGUACGACCAGAAGGGGCUGUUACAUGAUGUAACUGAGGUUCUUUGUGAAUUAGAACUGACUAUUAAGAGGGUGAAAGUGUCGACCACUCCUGAUGGAAGCGUGCUGGACCUCUUCUUUGUCACGGACUCGAGAGAACUUCUUCAUACGAGGAAGAGACAGGAGGAAACAAUUGGGCGGCUCAGAACUGUAUUAGGAGAUUCAGUGACGAGCUGCGACAUUGAGAGGGCAGGACCAGAAGUUACUGAGUGCUCAGAGGGCUCAUGCUACCUCCCUCCUGCAUUCACCGAAGACUUGUUCGGAUCAGAAAUGCAUGAUGGGAACCCGAAUGGGACUCUUGUCUCAAAUCCAAUAUUGGUUUCCAUGGACAACUCUUUAAGCCCCUCUCACACGGUUGUUCAGAUACUUUGUCAGGACCAUAAGGGACUCAUAUAUGAUAUCAUGAGAACGCUUAAGGACCGUAACAUUCAGAUUUCCUACGGACGGUUCUUUGCAAACCCAGAACGGAACUGCGAGGUGGAGCUCUUCAUAAUGCAAAGAGAUGGGGAAAAAAUAGUCGACCCGAACAAGCAAGAAGCUCUGAGCUCUCUUCUACAAGCAGAACUUCGGAGUCCCCUUAGAGUUGCUGUAGUGAACCGCGGGCCAGACACAGAGCUCCUAGUCGCAAACCCAGUGGAACUGUCUCGGAGGGGCAGGCCCCUUGUAUUUUACGACAUCACGCUUGCUCUUAAGAUACUCAACACCCAAAUAUUCUCGGUGGAAAUUGCGAGGCACAUGAUACGCAACCGGGAAUGGGAAGUGUACCGGAUCAUCCUCGACGAGAGGGAUUGUCUUAGUGUGCCGAGAAAAAAGAUCGAGGAAGCGGUUCAGAACAAAUUGAUGGGUUGGGAGUAGGGUUGAAUACGAAGCAAUACGAGUUCAGUUGCCCCGCUGCUUUCCAGGACUACUGUACAGCGAUGUCACUACUCUACCACAGCCAUGGGAUUUAAACAUAGCAAAUAGAGCUGUAAAUAUGUUAUAUAAGUGUUUUUCUCGGAUAAGUCCGAUAAGUAUGGUUGCUGUAAACUGUGAAUAGUAGGGUGUGCAAUGUAAGCCUCUUAUCUCUUGAUCUAACUUGGUUGGUAUUUUUUACUGCUGAACUGCUCCAUUCGAUCAGCAUUUUAAGGUUUUGUCAAGAUUCCAGACC